AUGGCUACAGCAGCACAGGAACCGGUCACGUUUUACACAGUCACAGCGUACUUUACAGACAUCCCAAAACCCUACUGCCUUUGUGCUAUCGGGAGGGCCAAGUGUCAUCAUGUAGCAGCCCUGCUGAUUUGGGCUGAAAAUAACUUAACCCGCACGGAUGUCGAGUGUGUGUGGAAGAGGGCCCCAGCACCCAAAACAGAUGAGGUCACAGCGAAGAGGGUGUCUGUGAUUGCACCUUCCACAUCUCAAGCUGGAAUUAAACGACCUGUCACCCUGGAGGACAGAGAAUGGACACUGAACUCCUUGGCACAGCUGGGCCGUUUUACAGGUCUUGGUUGGAUUCUGGCACCAGAAACACCUCAGACCUUUGAUGGGGUAGUGACCAGCUCAGGCUAUGGCAAUGCAGAGGACAAAGCUCUGAUGGCAUAUCGCCACGAAAGAAUCACAGCCAGCAACUUCGGUUUGGUGUUGGCAGCAUUGAAGCGGAACUCUUACCGUCCUUCCUUAUUCAAAACCCUGCUUGGCCAAUACAACCUCAAACAAGGAUCUCAUGUAAGUGAUGGGACGGUGGCUGAUGACUUCAUCAUUGAGGUGAAAUGUCCCUAUUCAGCCAGAACCAAGACCAACCUGCAGGCAGCGGAGAGGAAGGACUAUUUUCUAGAACUGGAUGAAGUCACUGGCUUACUGAAGCUCAAACCCAGCAUGGGCUAG